CCUCUUGUGGCUUAUUACGCUCGGAGCAGGGACAGCCUUCUGAAGCCAAGCAUGUGUGGCCCUCCACGCCUGCCCUGAGACUGAGGGCGACAAACCCACAGCGACAAGCUCUUAGGCACAGAGAAGGAUGUUCGAACUUUAGGACUUUCAUCCCCUCCUCACGUUGCUCCUAACCCUGUUCCCACUUUUAUCAUGGAGCUGAGAAAAGCCUACCUGAAUCUAAAGACGGUUCUUCUGACAAUGAUGAUGUUCAAGUGGGGAACCCUCUGCACAGCUGCAUCAGACAGGUGUUUGUCUGCACCGUGCCAGAAUGGAGCUACUUGUGUGGACACCCAGAAUGACUAUGCCUGCCUCUGUACCAGAGACGGUGUCCAGUACAUGGGCAAGAACUGCGAUGAACUCUAUGAUGCCUGCUUCUUUGCUGCUUGUGAAGACUGCAUCAGCGUUCCUGGUACAUCCAAAUACAGCUGCAUCUGCCCGGAUGGACUGACAGGAGACAACUGUACAGAAGAGGUGGAUGAGUGUCAGAGCAACCCUUGCUCUGAGCCGCGUACUCUGUGUGUAGACCAGACGAACGGGUACUUCUGCAGAUGUCCUGCUGGUUAUGGAGGUCUGGAUUGCAGGACGCAUGUAACUGACUGCAUUGAUGAGCCCUGCAGGAACAAUGGCUCUUGUGCACUACAGCCAAAUGGCUUUGAAUGUCACUGUGCACCAGGGUUUGAGGGAACGACGUGUGAAGAAGACAUGAAUGAAUGUUUAUCAGAGCCCUGUCAGAAUGGUGCUAUUUGUAUAGAUGGGGUAGCAGAGUUCUUUUGUUUCUGUGUGCCCGGUUUUCAGGGUUUUAGCUGUGAGAUCGACAUCAACGAGUGUGCUUCUCAGCCCUGUGAGAACAAUGCAACCUGCAUCAACGAGAAGGACCAUUACAGGUGCGAGUGCCUGGUAGGAUUUACAGGAAUCAACUGUCAAACUGAGUUGGAUGAGUGCGAGUCCCACCCCUGUCUCAAUGGAGCCACCUGCCAUGAUCUGACUGGUUUUUACUCCUGUGAGUGUCCACCUGGGUUUGAUGGCAUCAACUGUGAGGUGGACAUUGAUGAGUGUGCCGGUAAGCCCUGUCAGAAUGGGGCCGUCUGUCUUGACAUGGUGAACAGUUAUGAGUGCGACUGCAGUGAUACAGGAUUCGAGGGGGAUAACUGUGAAGUGGACAUCCCUGAGUGUGCCUCUGAUCCCUGCCAGCACGGUGCCACAUGUCUGGAAGAAGUGAACGGAUAUACCUGUUUGUGUUGGCCAGGCUAUGAAGGGCACAACUGUGAAGAAGACAUUGAUGAGUGUGCUGAUCGGCCCUGUGAGAAUGGCGGGGAAUGUUUUGAGCGCUCUGAUCCAUCUCACUGGGUGGACUGGGAGCUGAGCUUUGCGGAUACAGCUGGAUACAUUUGCCAGUGUCAGCCAGGUUUUGCAGGAGAGAACUGCUCAGUAAAUAUUGAUGAAUGUGAAUCUGAACCUUGCCACAAUGGGGGUGCCUGCAAGGACAGGAUUAAUGGCUACAGCUGUGCAUGUCCUGUUGGAUUCUUAGGUGAACUGUGUGAAUGGGACAUUAACGAAUGUGCCAGUGAGCCCUGUCAACAUGGCGGCUGGUGUGAAGACGGCAGAGCAUCCUACACCUGCCACUGUCCUGAACCCCAGCCCAAUGAGCUUCCUUGGGGAGGGGUUCACUGUGAUGUUAAACUUUAUGGGUGUGUUGACCAUAAAUGUCAGAACGGAGCCACCUGCCUUCCAACGCUGAGAGGAGGAAGGCAUGAUCAUUCCUGCUUGUGCCCUCAUGGUUUCUAUGAUGAGCAAUGCUCCACAAGAACAACAUUUUCCUUGUCCACUCCUGGAUUUAUUCACAUUCAGGUCACUGCAGAAGAACGUAGUCGCAGGGAGGCCGAGCAUCAGGAUCACCUGGGUUUGGGGGUACAGCUUCGCUUCCGGACAACCCUACCCAACAUGUUGCUAUUUUACAGAGGGGAUGUGGAUAACUACCUUCUUCUAGAGAUUUUUAAUGGCGGUCUUCAUGCAAAAGCCUUUUCUGAAGAAUCUGAAAUGGACGUAACAAUUCCUGAGCUGGCUAGUGAUGGAGAAUGGAGAGAUGUUCAUGUGUUUAUGGAUAACAGCAGUCUUGUGUUGGAACUGAAAGGCCCUGGCUGUCACAGAGAUAGUUGUAAAGUCACAGAUGGUGCAGAAGAACCUCCGUUCCAACCCUCAAAAGCAUUUACUAAUGUUUAUAUAGGUGGGGCACCAAAUGAGCUUCUGCAGCUUUCUAGAAGUACUGCAGGGUUCAUUGGAUGUAUGGAAGACCUCAUGAUUGACUCAAAACCCAUUCUACCCCAAGCACUCCCACAGGAUCAAAGUUAUGAGUUAGGGUGUGGUAAGACUGAGUGGUGUAGGCCUGACCCAUGCCAUGGUCAUGGACGUUGUGUUGACCUGUGGAGCAGCUAUAAAUGCAGCUGCUAUCGUCCCUUCCAUGGCUGGAGCUGUUCUGAGGAAUUCUUACCAUGGACUUACAGCCAUGAGGACUCAAAAAGUUUUAGUGCCUAUGAUGUGGACAAGAGCCACGGGAGCAGCUUUAAUGUCUCUUUCUUUUUGAAGUCAUUAAAGCCAGAUGGGUUGCUGUUCCAGCUCAGGACACCCACAGACGAUGAAGGAGAGGUCUACUUCUCAGUCUACCUGAGCAUGGGGAGAGUGUUUGUCAGUUCUCUGUCUAACAGCACCCCGCUGACCGCUCCCAUUUAUGUGACCAAUGGUGAGAAGCAGUUUCUGUUUUUAGAAAUCAGAAAUGGACAUGUGAUUUUUGAUCAUGCCAGCCUUAAUUAUGGCAUUGGGAGGAUCCUUGAAGUUACUGUCAACAGUGGAGAUCAGGUCUACAUCGGAGGACUUCCAGAAGACUGGGACUCUGAUAAGUGGGGGGGGCAUUUCAAAGGCUGCCUCCAGGACGUUCGCUUGGACUCGGUACAUUUGGAUCUUACUGGCUCGAGUGAUCCAAACAAGGACACUUAUCUGUCAAGUGAUUAUGAAAAUGUGAUGGAGGGCUGCAUUAGUGAUGAUACAUGCAAGAUCCAGCCUUGUCAAAAUGGAGGAGAAUGCUCCAUUACAUUCAAUGACUUUACUUGUACAUGUCUGGAGGACUACACAGGAAAGACCUGUGAAACACGAAUGUGGUGUGCUAGUCAUCCUUGUGUCAACGGCGGCCAUUGUGUGGACCUUCCUGAUGGAUACGAAUGUUUGUACAACGCCACAUUUGAAAACAACCCUGUGAAGUUUAGUGCUGGAGGCUCACUGGCUGAAGCCAUCUCUAACAUUUAUGUGGAGCUGCGGACUCGCUCGGAGAAUGCUGUGAUCCUGAGGGCUUCCAGGGGGUCUCACCUGCUGGUGGUGGGUUUGCUGGAUUUCUCAGUCUGGGUACAAAUCCAAGAUGGUAACAACGCUGAGUCUCUGACCCUCAAAGGAACAUCUCAAGUGGCUGAUGGACGCUGGCAUCGUGUGAGCAUAUUUAAGGCUGAAAAAAAGUAUAAAACGUCUCCAUGGGUCAUCACUGUGGAUGGAAUAACAGACAGCAGCAGUGGGACAGAGCACACAGGAAGUCUUGGCUUCCUGAAUGAAAAGGGGGUCAUCGUAUCUGUAGCUGAGAGCUUCACUGGCUGCUUGGGUGCAGUGAGGUUUGAAGGCAUCUAUCUCCCUUUUGCAGAUAAUAAGAAAGCUCCACAGUCCUCACAGUUUCAUUCAGUUGGAAAUCCAAAGAUUCAUCUAGGCUGCACCAGUGCCCCAGUUUGUGACUCAGAUCCCUGCCUAAAUGGAGCCACAUGUGAAGACCUCUUCAAUAAGUUUGGCUGUGUGUGUGACACUGGUUGGGAGGGGGAGCGUUGUGAGACAGACACUAACGACUGUGCGUCUCAGCCGUGUAUUCAUGGCACCUGUGAGGACCAUUUAGGUGGUUUUCAGUGUCACUGUGCCCCUGGUUAUGCAGGCAUGUUCUGUAAGGAGGACAUCAACGAGUGUGAGCAUCAUCCUUGUGAACAUGGAGGAACAUGUCGGGAUGGAACUAACAUGUACACCUGUAUAUGCCCCGAGGACUACAGCGGCCCCCGCUGCCAGUGGGACUAUCCUCCAAUAGAGUGCACCAAAGAUGUUCAGUGUGAAAAUGAUGGGAUCUGCAGUGACGGACUCUGGGGAGCCAACUGUACCUGUAUGCCAGGUUUCACAGGCAGCAGGUGUGAAAUGGAAAUCAAUGAAUGUGAGUCCAGCCCUUGUAAGAACGGUGGCUCCUGUUUGGACCGAUACAACAUGUUUUUUUGUGAAUGCCCGCCUGGGUACAGUGGACCAGUGUGUGACAUUAAUAAACAAGCCUACGUAGAGAGCAGAUGGACAAUGGUGGCUCUCCCCCUGCUCUGCCUCUGCAUGGUGAUACUGAUCAUCGGUUUGACCUCCAUGAUCCUUUCAGCGAAGAAGAAGCGCCAGUCAGAGGGUGUGUAUAGCCCCAGUACUCAGGAACUGGCAGGAGCCCGGUUGGAAAUGGACAGCAUGCUGAAAGUCCCACCAGAGGAAAGGCUCAUAUGACACCCUUACAUGCACAAGUGCGGGUCAUUUACCAUUAAAGGUGUGACAUGUGACUGGUGCCAGUUAGAGAGGGUUAAAUGUGCUUCCCUUACUCAUUAAUACAUCCAAACAACUCACUGCUGUCAUCCUGUUUGGGAGUUUUCAGAUUCACAUGUUCUGGAGGUUUUUACUGAUAUAUUUGGUCAAUAUUUAUCUAUUUAAUUACUUAUCUACCUGUAAGAUAUAUUAUUUUACAUGCUGCAUUCAAGCUGCAGCUGGAGGUGCGGUUUCAAUCCUAAACUAGUUUAACAAAAUUUAGGAAAAAUGUGUUACAUUUAGAAAACAAGUAGGAUUGCUGUUACUCCUACAGUGUUAAUGUUUUUGUGAAAAAUAACUUAUCAGUGAAUAAAAUGGCCUGCUCAGAUUUGUUUGGCCGGAAAUUUACUGUGAAAUAAUCACACAAGUCUGAAUCAUGUUGGAAGAAAAGUUAAGAUGAAAAUGAUUUCCUACUCAGUUAUCAGUUUUUCUCCUUUCAAAAAGGCUGCAAAGGGACGUAGUCCUCAUGUACAAUCUGCCCAGCCUCCAUACUUGGUGCUUUUAAUAUUUGAGCCCACGGGUCUAUGCCAGCACAUACUGCUGUGUUGGCAUUUGUGAUUCGACACCAGCUGGUGAGAAUAGAAUCUGGUAACCCAGAAGUUAUUUCUAAGAAACCACGACAUCUUUUUGUUUUACUCUAAUAUCAGGUAUGGAAGGCUAGUGGCUAAUGUUGAGCUAACAAUGCUAACGGCAGUGGCGGGCGGUGCGUUCCACCCCUGGGCCUUCAGUGAUUUCCUAUUCAGUCCAAUCUAAUUUAAUACACCUUAAAAUACCAUCAAUAGGACAUCACAGCUGGAGAAACCUCACACACACACACACACCAGUGGCUGGUCAAGACACAUAAUUUCCAGAGUCUUUAAAAUCAAACUCGCAUUCCCAGUUGAGAGUAGGAAGCGGACCACGGAUACCGUCAAAUCUCAGAAAUGAAAGACGGGUUUAAGAGAUGAGACAAUAAAAUAAAUAAGUAAAGCAAACACAUUAUUUGCAUUUGUUUUGGAGAAAAUUGUACCGCGAAACAAUUGAACAUGUUGGCGCAGCUGCACACCACGUCAUACACAAUAUAAAUUGCAUAGAAACAGAACACAGAAUAAUUUCAUUUUGCCAGUUUAUUUCGUUACCAUUUAUUGAUUAUUAACAAAAUAAAAUGACAAAACAUUAAAAAAAAUACUAAUAAAAUGUUUCUACUCACCAACAUAAAUGUCCAGCAUGGAUCUCCUCCUCUCCUGCUCAUUAGAAAAUAAAAUCCAUCCUUCUUUCUUUCCUCAGGAAAACCUCAGUGGCUCUGUACAGUUUAUCUGUGCGCUUCAGGUCCAUGAGUGGAUCCUUUUCUACGGACAUGGAGGCUAAUGCUGAAAGACGUGUCUGCCCGGUCGUGUUUCUGGCGUACUUUUUAACGCGCUUUAAUGCUACCAAAUCCAUCUGAUGCGAGCAACAGGCAUUCCCAGCAGAAUAACCUGCAGCGGUUCUCUGAAGCUGUUAGCCAUGGGUACCGUUCAUAGUUGCUUGUCUGAAAAUGACGAACAAAUCCUUUCCCCUGCUGGGACAAGCCAGCUAGCGUUGGAGUCAGACGACCUGUUCUCACAAUAUCCAUUUUUUCUUGAAAGGUCCGUCUUGAAAAUGGUGUGGCAAGUUGAUCUGCAACCAAGUCUGUCUCUUCUCCUCUUUCAGCCAUCAUGUGUUCAAAAAUACACCGAUAGCUGCCUAUAGGUACAAAUCUCCGUGUUUAGUUUUGAUAUUUUGCUUCAUGCCGCUAGAAAAGUUCUAACUACUGCUUAUCCAAUCACAGGAUGCGUUCAUGUCAACUUUUGCGUGAGGCCAGCUAGCUGGCCCGGGCCAAGCUGACUCGUGAGCUGAUUGGCUAUCGCAACUAGACCGUCUCUGUUCACUUACAGCGGACAGUGGGCUUCUCGAUUGAUUCUGAAGGCCUAGAGCAGACUUAAUCUGCCUGAAAACACAAGCUAGCUUAAAUCUGAUUGGAUAACACCCAGCCUUGGUAUUUUAACACUGGAAGCAGCACAGCCAAGUGGGUAUAAUAGGAUAUAAAGAAAAUAGACCAGUAAACAUUUUUUUUAGUUAAAAAUAAUUACCAAAGGAAAGAAAAUACAUUUACGCUUUUGAGUAUGUUUAGGCCAGCAGAGAAGGCUUUGCUGGCCCUGACUGCCCACCACUGGCUAACGGUGAAUUAGAAGAAAAAAGUCAGCUCUAAAAAUAUCUCAAUGUAAGGUUUCCAACCAAUAACUUGCAUUUUAUUUAUCUACUUAUCAACUUACUGUGUAUGACUUGACUUUGCUCGUCUUCUAGAACUUUCUGAAGCUGAUUAGUGGCUAGCAUGGCAUGGGGGUGUGGCUGAAAACUGACUCGUUUUUAUAUUGAUGGACUGAAGUACCCAUAUUUGACCCCAAAAUGUGAAUAUUACUUCUUGCACCUUUAGGUUUUGAUAAAACCUUGAGAAAAUAUCUAAAUAAAACAGUACCUGUGUCAUUCUAUUUUACUCAUGCUAGUCAGACUUUCUGUAUCGUCCACAACAAUGAAGUGGUUAGUAUCAAUCUCCCACACAGUUAGUCACAGGUUCAAAUUUCAGUUGGGACCUCUCAGCUCGGCGCAUCUCUGUCUGAUCGCGGCUCCUGUCUGCUGCGCAGGCUGCCGGCUUGUGGAGAUCUCGGAUGGAAACAGAUGUUUUCCACCCGGUUCUCCCCAGCUGCAGCUCUGCGCAUCUCAGAUCGCAGCGGCGCUUGUCUGCUGUGCGGCUGCCGGCUUGUGAAGCUCUCGGGAGACCUCUGUGUUCCACUCGGUUUUACCCAGCGGUCAGCCGGGCGUAUCUCUGACUCAGAAGCUCUGGUGUUGUGCACAGUUAACUCCGGUUGUAGCUAGGUUGCUACCUCCAUUAGCUUAGCUCCCACCUCCGCGUUAACUUUGGGUUAGCUUCAGGUUAGCUUGUAGCUAGUUCGACUGGGUGUCGUCAGUUGAUCCCAGCCUUACAGCCCCACCCUCAGCUCCACCUCUCUUCCCUUUUGUGGAAUUGUCUGGGCUUGACGGAACCUGUGACACGGUCAAAAUGGCGGUGGUGGCCACCUCCCAUUUAGCCUCAAAAACGUGUUAUUAGAGCCUAUGAAAACCCAUUGUCCAUUUAUGUACAUGUCGAUGAUCACAGUAUGUCUGCCACCUGCAUGAACAACCAACUGCCCAAAAUGUAAAUGAAGCCAGAUACAAAGCAUUCUGCAUGGCAUCAUCAGCUUUGCCAGCAUUAUUUAUCCCCCCACAAAUGAUGCCCUGUAUCAACACUUCAAAAGGGCAAACUGCCAAGCAGUCAUAAUGAGGUCAGCUCUGAAAGCUAAGAUAUGUGCCCCCCUCAUGCUGGUAAUUGAUGGCACAUUGAGGAUGGUAAGCUGACAGUUUCCUGGAUGACUAGAAAUCCUGCCCCUGACAGUGUAAUGCAGGUAGUUCAUUGUGGUUGCAGGCAGGGCAACCUCUGUCACAGCGGCAGGUGGAGUUUGAGCGGGUGCGCUUUACCGACUUCUGGGGAGGUUUGUUACCGGAAGACAAGACGAAUGGCUCUCGGCUCUCGUAAUUCACUUUGAAAACCCGUUCAAAAGAUUUGAUUCGUUCGUGAACGUCACAUUCAGGACAUGUUGGACAAGUGACAACAGUACUUGGAGUUUGGUAAGAGUUAAGUUUUUUUUACAUGAAUUACCCAUAAAAUAUUGGAUGAUUAUUUUUCUUAUAAUAAAAAGUGAAAAUUACAUUUCAUUUUUGCAAAAAUGAAAAUUGAUCAGUGAUUCUUGAUGACUGAACUCAUGAAUUAUUGUGGGGUAUAUUAUAAAUUACUAGCCUAGUGAACUAGACCAAAUUCUUGCUUUGCAAAGUUUGUAUAUAUUAUAUUAUAUAGUAUAUAUUCACAUAUAUAGUCUGGCUUGCCAGGCUAAUAAAUUACAACAAAAGUAAAUAAUGAUUGGGUCACUAUGACUUCAUGUGAUUAGUUCACACAUAAUUAUAAAAUUCAGAAUAAAAAUCUGUUCUUUCACACUUUAAUUGGUAUGCAACAAGUUAGCUGUUAUUUUGAUAGAGGUGAUGAAUUCUGUAAUCUUUUUGAUUUUGGUUGUCAUAGGUCUUGGUUUCAUCUAAAGUUAUCUGAAGGAGCAACCUGUGGUGCACCCAGGUGACAUGUAAUUUUCUUCAGAGGAGGAGGACUUCUUUUGCACCAUCAGGCAGGGCAAUGUUCAGGAAAACUCCAAGCAGCUGGAGUCCUACCUGGCCUGUCCAGCUGCUUCUAUGGAUGUCCUGAAAUCUUUUCCAGCAGUUUGGAAUUUGCCACUGCAGCUGAACAUACCUCUGCUUGCUUCAGCUGCUUGUGAGGGGCUUUUCAGCACUGCAGGACUCAUUUUCAGAGCCACAAGGACAUGUGUUGAUGCAAAGAACUUUGAGAACCAACCAGUUUCUGAUGAAGCUCAAUAAAAGGUUUAUUUAGUUUUGUAGAGGUAAUUCCUCUCAAAAGGAAAAAAAUGCAUGAAGAUCUGAAGGGGCUUUGAUUCAAUGUUUUAAGUCAAAUUGGCAAAAUUGAAAACAAUUGCAGUUCAAAUUUUUACAGGCAAGCCUUUUGAGGACCGGGGUAGGUGUGCAUAACCAUAUCUACUCACCUUCAGCCCACCUCUUUUGAACCAUCAAUGUGAUUUUUUUAUGUAAACGUCAGUUAACGAUUGUUGUGUUGUUGGAAUAAACUUCUCAACCCAAUCCAGAA